AUGGCGGACACUGCGGUAGGUGACAACGACAACGCAGCAGAAGCGUUUACGGUAGCAUCCAGCGGUGAGUACCUGCGCUACGCAUCUCGGAUUGGGGACGUGAGGGAUGUGGAGCAAAUCUUGGGAAGAUACAAAGGCGACUCUAAUGAGUUAGCAAGAUUCCUCCCCGCCGUCGUCGGAGCUGCAGAUAGCAUCUCAGGAAACAAAGCCUUGCAUUUCUGCGCUGCAAAUGGCCAUCUGGAUAUUCUUCAUGUACUUCUUCGGAAUGGGGCCGAUAUCAACGUCACAAACCUUUCCGGCUCUACGCCACUGCACUAUGCAGCUUUGACUGGUCAGCUGGAAAUCGUGAAGGAAUUAAUCAGACAAAAUGCUCAGGCAGUCGUAGAGAACAAAUACGAAAAAACCGCCCUUGACGAAGCUCGUUCAGCGAAACACAGCGAUAUUGCAGAGUUUCUAAUGGGUCAUGUCGAGAAAAAAAGUGAGCUACCGGACCUGGACAAGAGGGGAGAUGAUGACUCCCGUGAACCGGACCUGGAGGCCACUGAAGAGGGACAGGAGAAGUGA